AUGUAUCUUCAUCAAUAUGACUAUGUGUUUGCAAUCGGCACACUGUUUGCCAUGCUUGAUGCAUACAACAACGGUGCAAACGACGUGGCAAAUUCCUGGGCAACCAGUGUCUCAUCUCGAUCUAUUUCUUAUAGACAGGCCAUGGUACUCGGUACAAUCUUCGAAUUCUUAGGCGCUGUUACCGUCGGAUCCCGAACCGCCGAGACCAUCAAGAACGGUAUCAUUCCCAAUGAUGCUUUCAGAGGCGAUGCCGGCGUCCAAAUGAUGGCCUUCACCUGUGCUCUGGCUGCUGCCUCUUCCUGGGUCAUGUGGUGUACUCGACACUCGGCUCACGUCUCUUCGACCUACUCUCUUAUCUCGGCCGUUGCCGGUGUUGGUGUUGCAACUGUUGGGGCCUCUCAGGUUCAAUGGGGCUGGCACGAUGGAAAGGGACUGGGCGCUAUCUUUGCAGGUCUAGGAAUGGCACCUAUCAUCUCGGCAGGCUUUGCAGCAAUCAUCUUCAUGUUGAUCAAGGUCAUCGUGCAUAUGCGCCGCAACCCAGUACCAUGGGCUGUUUACAGCUCGCCCUUUUGGUUCUUGCUCGCUGCCACUCUUUGCACACUUUCUAUUGUCUACAAGGGCUCCCCCAACUUGGGCCUGAGCAAGAAGCCUGGCUGGUACAUUGCUGCGGUGACAAUGGGAUGUGGCGGAGGUGUUUGCCUUCUGUCUGCUAUAUUCUUUGUUCCCUUCGUGCAUGCAAAGGUCAUCAAGAAGGAUCACUCGGUUCAAUGGUGGAUGUUCAUUCUGGGACCAACACUCCUAAGCCGUCCCGCCCCCACUGAUGGCGAGGUGGCCAAGGUCCCUAAUUAUGCUGUUGUCCAAGAGGAGUACGAAGAUGAGGCCUCGACUCAUGGCCGUGGGUCGGUCGACAAGGAUGCCCUUGAAAAGGAUGGCCAGGCAUCCAGCUCCCAGAAUGGAGAUCAUGAAAAGAACAUGGUUGCAGUUGAAGCACACCAACUCACAUACAAGGAGAUCGUCGCUCAGUCAGAGGCUAAGCACCGCAAUAAGCUUCUACAGAGUCGUAGCCCCCUGGGAUGGGCAAUGCGUUUCCUCCGUGACAACCCCAUGGGACCUGGUGAACUCUACGAGAUCCGCAACAUGUGGAUCAUGCUCAAGCGUAUCCCUCCUACCAUUGUCUGUGGUCUUCUUUACGGCGCCCACUACGACAUCCACACCGCUCAAAGUGGUGUCGCCGGGACACCCGAAGGCGAGCGCAUGAAGCGCGUGUAUGCUGCCGCAGAGAAAUACCCUAACGAAGUCGAGCACACUUACUCCUUUGUCCAAGUUUUGACAGCUUGUACUGCCUCCUUCGCCCACGGUGCGAACGAUAUUGGAAAUUCUGUUGGUCCCUGGGCUGCCAUCUACUCUGCAUGGUCAACCGGUGACCCUGCCGCAGCCAAAGCUCCCGUUCCCGUCUGGCAACUUGCUGUUCUGGCCCUUUGUAUCUCUACUGGUCUAGUAACCUACGGUUACAACAUCAUGAAAGUUAUGGGUAACAAGAUCACCUACCACUCCCCCAGCCGUGGUUCUUCCAUGGAGAUGGGCGCUGCACUUACAGUUCUUAUAUUCUCACAAUACUCUCUCCCUGUCUCAACCUCCAUGUGUAUCACUGGUGCCACCGUUGGUGUUGGUCUAUGCAAUGGUACCCUCAAGGCUGUCAACUUCCAGCGAGUUGGUCUGUUGCUCCUUGCAUGGAUCAUGACAAUUCCCAUUGCUGGUACCCUCGGUGGAUGUCUCAUGGGUCUUUUCAUUAACGCACCUCACUUCUAG